GCUCCGUGAGCUCACUGGCUGCUCUGUCUCUAAUGUGUGAGAGUCCUCUUAGAGGUCUGGCCACCGCGACCGACGUUUGGUCAUUAGGUGACUGAAGCUCGCAGUGUGCGGACACUCCAGCACCGCCUUCAGUCCGACCCCGGGACCGGGAGAAGUCAGACAGAGGAGACUUUACGCACAGCUCUGCUGAGAAGAUGGAAUGCAUUGAAAGGACUCCGACUCUGUGAAAGUUUGGGUUUUUCUCGUGGAAAAGCAAAUUACAGACAAUUAAUCGGAAUGCAGUCACGCUUCACAUUCGCCUUCUUUUGAGGUGCAGCAGAGGAUGACACCUGCACCACACUUGGCAUCUUUGAAUAGUAGGUCAAAGCUUCUGCGAGAGUGACUUUCUGCCUCUCAUUCUGCACUCACAUCACAGUCCCGCUCGCUCUGGUCCUUGGUUAUUUUCUGCAGCUGCAGAAUCAGUGCAUGUGUUGCGCUCCUAUAGCCUAUGUCUUCAUCUUUGCACCGUCGCGGACUGCGGCAGGAACGCACAAGCGGGCAAUCAUCUCGUACCUGGACUGCGCGUAAACGCAGCACUCUCUGACAUGCCUGCACUACUCACCUCUUCAUGAGAUCACACCUCCUGGAUAUUUAGAAUAAAAGAAAAGGAAAAACUUCCUCCUCAUCACCAGUGAGGCAGUAUAAUCUGUGAAGCACUGACUGACUCACCAUGGGCACCGUACUAUCGUUAUCACCCAGCUCUCGCAAAUCAGGCUACUAUGACAACCGUCCCGGCUCUCUCAGCCACUACCCGAGCCUCAGCAGCCGCUCCCUCAACAGCCAAAAAGACCGCGGGCUAAAGAGGGGCCAGUCCAUCUUCCUCCCAGCACUCACAUGGAAGAGACUUGUGGCCUCUACAAAGAAGAAGGGCAACUCAAAGAAAGGCUCUGGUGGCCCGGUGGCCCUCGGGGAUCCUCUGAAUAACAACAACAACAUUAACAUCUACCAGAAGGAUCCCGUGCUGCACCUCAACCGUGAGAAUGUGAAGAAGUCGCUGUCAUGUGCCAACCUGUCCAGCUACGAGGGCCCAGCCGGUCUGGGUCUGGGGCUCGGCUACGGACUGGGGAUGGGUCAGGGACAUGGAUAUGGCUACACCAAAUCCCAGCAGCUUUCCUCUGUGAAAAAAGUCCCCCAGGGCACGGUGACCUCGUCUCCGAAGCGCGUCAUCGUCCAGGCCUCCACCAGCGAGCUCCUCCGCUGUUUGGGGGAGUUCCUGUGCUGUCGCUGCUACCGCCUGAAGCAUCUGUCUCCGGCCGAUCCGGUGCUCUGGCUGCGGGCUGUGGACCGCUCGCUGCUGCUGCAGGGCUGGCAGGACCAGGCCUUCGUUACUCCGGCCAACGUGGUCUUCGUCUACAUGCUGUGCCGAGACGUAGUGGAUGGUGAUCUAGUGGCGUCGGAGCACGAGCUGCAGGCCAUCCUGCUCACCUGCCUCUACCUGUCCUACUCCUACAUGGGCAAUGAGAUCUCAUACCCUCUUAAGCCCUUCCUGGUAGAGGCGGGCAAGGAGGCCUUCUGGGACCGCUGCCUCGCCAUCAUCGACGCCACAAGCUCCAAGAUGCUGCGCAUCAAUGCAGACCCGCACUUUUUCACACAAGUAUUUGCUGAACUCAAGAGCGAAGGAGGCUGCGGCCCUCAGGAUUAUAGCCGGGUGCUUGAUCGGCAGGAGGCCGUGGAGCAUCAACAGCAGGACCCCCAGACUGAGGAGGACCUUCUUCCCUGAGGCUGUAAGACUGCUGACCUCGGGUGGUGCUCUGUAGUCUGCUGCUACAAGCUAAAGAUGACAGGCAUGAGAAACCACUUGAGUCUUCACACUAGUCACGGCACUUUCUUUGAAACUUGUAAACUGUCACACUGUCAUUUUAUUAUUGAUAGUUAAUUCACGUGGCUAUGAUGCUUCUUUGGUCCCAAAUAAAAGCCAAGAAGGUUAGAUUAGAUUAGAUUA